ACCCCCGCCGCUGGCGCCGCGGACGGCCUUCGCCAAGGACCGCCGCCUCCCUGAGCAGCCCGGGGCUUCUGUGCUCCCGGACCCCGAGAACCUGGGACCCAGGCCAGCCAGAGCUGAUUUCUGUCUCCCAGCAUGGAGGAUGACGGCAGCCUGCUCUCCGAGGACGGGCUUUUGGACAAUGCCCCCCUUUUGGAAGAUGAAAGAGAUGAAUUAGAGGAUCCGGAGUUUGACAUCGGAUGUCCUCUGCAGGAAGCUGAGGAUGACAUGGACCCAGGACACAGCAGCUCAGUGAAAGAACUAGAUACUGAUGCUGAUAAAUUGAAGAAGAAAACAGCUGAGGACAGAAUGCAGGCGUUUCACCUGCGACAGAACCUGAGCGCCCUGGAUAAGAUGCAUGAGGAGCAGGAGCUUUUCAUUGAGAAGAUGAGAGGGGAGCUGCGCGCCUGUCGGCAGAGGCAGGACCUGAUCAGCAAGCAGCAGGAGGCUGUGGCAGCCGAGAUCGCCACAGAGGGAGAGGCGGGCAACAUGGCCACUGUGGGCCGUCUCCAGGCCGUGUCCAGACGCCUGUUUAUGGAGCUGGAGAACGAGAGAGACCUGCAGUCGAGGACUGAGGCCGUGCUGAAGGAGAGCGAGAACGCCAUGUGGCACAUUGAGAUCCAGGAGGGGCGACUCGAGGCCUUCCGGACAGCUGACCGUGAGGAGGCAGAGGCUGCGGGGCGGCGGCUCCAGGUGCGAGCAGCCCGGCAGCUAUGCAGGGAGCAGGAGGCCCUGGGGAAGAUGGAACGGAACCGACUGCUGAGAAUCCGGAAGUCCCUGCACACCCAGAAGGAGCUCGGGCUCAGGCACCAGAAGCUGCUGGAGGAUGCCCGGAAGAACCACAAGGUCGCCGUGCGGUUCCUGAAGGCCUCCCUGGGAAGAAUCCGAGAGCAAGAGAAGAAGGAGGAGAUGAAGUGCCAGGAGCACAUGAGGCGACGCAUGGACGCGGUGGUGGCACUGAAGGGCAGCAUCUCCGUGAACCGGGACACACUGCGGAAGUUCCAAGCAUGGGACCAUGCCAAGGCAGAGCUGGCGGAGCAGAGGGUCCAGGCUGAGAAGAAGGCGAUUCUGGCCCAGGGCGGGGAUGCGUUCAGGCACCUUGUCCACCAGCGCCGGCGCCAGGAGCUGGAGGCCCAGAAGAGGGCCUUUGAGGAGGAGCAGAAGCUCAGAAAGCAGGAGAUCGUCAGUCGGAUUCUAAAAGAGGAGGCUGAGGAGGAAAAAAGAAAGAAACAGCAUCCCCUGACCAAGGCCACUCACCGGCCGACCCUGAGGGACAAGACCUGGAACUAUAUCUCCGACUAUUGCGAGAAGAAGACCACAGCCCCAACCAACACGUACACACUGGACUACGAGGCUGCAGCAGGCCCCGGGCCCUCUCGGUUGGUGGACGUCAUCUCCAGUGAGCUCAUCCAGGGGGACCCCGGGGCCAGCUCAGAGGAGGAGACGUUAGCUGAGCCCGAGAUCUCUGGGCUUUGGAACGAAGACUACAAGCCAUACCAGGACUUUGAUAUUGGCAAAGUGUACAAGAAAAAGAUCACGUUGGUAAACACCACCUACACGAUCAACUACUGCAAGCUGGUGGGCGUGGAGGAGCACCUCCGGGACUUCAUCUAUGUUGACUUUGACCCCCCGGGCCCCCUGUCCGCCGGGAUGUCCUGCGAAGUGCUUGUCACCUUCAAGCCCAUGAUAAACAAAGAUCUAGAAGGAAAUAUCUCAUUUUUGGCUCAGACGGGCGAGUUUUCAGUUCCAUUGAAAUGUUCAACAAAGAAAUGUUCGCUGUCCCUCGACAAGGAGCUCAUUGACUUCGGCAGCUACGUGGUGGGAGAGACCACGUCUCGGACCAUCACACUGACCAACACUGGGGGCUUGGGCACGAGUUUCAAGUUCCUGCCAGCUUCAGAGCCCUGCGAGACGGACGACUCCCAGUCCAUCCUGAAAUUAAGCAGCAUCCUGACCUACGAAGAUAAAAGCUUGUAUGACAAAGCUGCCACCAGCAUAUCUGAGCAGCAGCUAGAGGGCACAGAGUCCUCCCAGGCGGACAUGCAGAGCCGGAAGGAGCUGGAGAAGCUGGACGAGGAGCAGGAGGAGGAGCAGCCCACAGAACCGGAGAGAUUAACCACAGCGAUACCUCCCAGCGAAGAGCAGACGGAGAUCACACUGGGGGAGAUAACAGAGGGGGAAAUUGGCCCCUUCAGCUCCAUCAAGGUGCCCAUCAUCUUCACCCCGGUCGUCCCAGGAAACGUCCAAGCCAGGUUCAAGGUCAUGUUUAAGAACCCCCAGUGCCCAAUGCUGCAUUUCAGGGUCAUGGGCGUGGCCAUCGACGUGCCGGUCUGGGUGCCAAAGCCCAGCGUGGACCUGAAGAUCUGUAUGUACGACCGGCUCUACCAGGACUCCGUGCUCGUGCACACACGGUCGAAAGCUGCCCUGCGCCUGAAGUUCGAGGUGUGCAAGGAGCUGAGGGCCCACCUGGAGCUCCUGCCUGAGACAGGCUACAUCCAGGCACAGUCGUCCUACUCCGUGCAGCUCAAGUUCCUGCCUCGACACUCCCUCCCAGAGGAUGCGGGGAGGUAUUUUGACAAGGAGACGCGAGUCCUGGAAGCCCCGAUGACCAUAUGGGUGGCUGACCAGAACAAGCCAGUGGAAUUCACCGUGCAUGCCAUUGUCACCACCUCGGACCUGGAGCUCAGUCCCUCGGAGGUGGAUUUUGGCUACUGCACCAUCUACGAGGCCAUCAGGACAGAAAUCAGCCUCCACAACCACUCGCUCCUGCCCCAGGAGUUUGGGUUCGUCAAGCUUCCCAAGUUUGUGGAUGUGCAGCCCAACGAUGGGUUUGGGACGAUCCUGCCCCUGGAAACGCUGCAGUUUGAUGUGAUCUUCCAGCCCACCAAGGCCGAGGAACACAGCUUCAAGCUGACCUGCAAGUCUGAGAUCAACCGGUGCUUCAAGCUGUCUUGCCGGGCUGUGGGCGUCCACCCACCCCUGGAGCUGUCCCACUACCAGAUCAAGUUUGCGGCCACGGCCCUGUAUGACACCUCCGUGGCCACAGUGUAUGUCAUCAACUCUCACCUGAGCAUGAGCUCACGGACCCACUCCAAGCCCCGCAUUGGCUCAGAGGACACCUCUCCCGUGGGGCCCACGUCUUUCGAGUUCCUGCUGCCCCCAGACUCGCCUAUCACCAUCUCGCCCUCGGUGGGGACCGUGUGGCCAGGAAAGAGGUGCCUGGUCCAGGUGGCCUUCCGGCCCGUGCUGCCUGAGAAGCUGAUCCACCAGGAAGCCCUCCCACUCCUGAACAAAGAAAUGGAGACCAAAUCCUUCCGAAAGGAUAUGGCCUCCCAGAGGAAGGACAUGCAGAGACUGUCACUCUCCGCUCUUCGAAUGCAGAACCGCGACAAGCUGUUCAAAGUCUCUGUCCCCCACGUCCUGGAACUGCGGAAGCGGGAGCUGAAGCCCAGUUCCGACGAGUACCAGGCCGCCCGAGCCACCCUGGUCAGAGCAUUCCAGGCGAAGUUUGACACAUUUGUAGUUCCCUGUGUUGUUGCCAGUGGCGACGUCAAAGACAGGAAAGGGUCAGAACCGCCAAGCUUCAGCCCCCACAACACCCUGUACCUGGAGCUGUGGUGCCCGACGGUGGCGCCGUCUGUUGUGGUGACGUCCCACAAAGGCAAGACCAUCUUUAACUUCGGCGACGUCGCCGUGGGGCACCGCAGUAUCAAGAAGGUCUCCAUCCAGAACGUCUCUCCCGAGGAUCUGGCCCUGGACUUCUCCCUGCUGAACCCCAACGGCCCCUUCGUCCUGCUGAACCACUCCAGCCUGCUGCGCGCGGGUGAGACCCAGGUCCUGGUGCUGUCCUUCUCUCCCCACGAGAGCAUCCUGGCUCAAGAAACACUGGACAUCAUUACCAAGAGAGGCACGCUCACCCUCACCCUCGUGGGCACUGGCGUGGCGUCCAUGAUCACGUGCUCCAUUGAAGGCAGCAUCCUCAACAUGGGCUAUGUGAUCGCCGGAGAGUCUGUGUCCUCAGGCUUCAAGCUGCAGAACAACUCCCUGCUCCCCAUCAAGUUCUCCAUGCUCCUGGACAGUCUCUCCAGCGCCCGGGGCCGGGGCCAGCAGCAGCUGCCGCAGUUCCUCAGCUCGCCCUCCCAGAGGACGGAGGUGGUUGGGACGCAGAAUCUCAACGGUCAGAGCGUGUUCAGCGUGGCCCCCGUCAAGGGCGUCAUGGACCCCGGGAAGACGCAGGACUUCACUGUCACCUUCAGCCCCGACCACGAGAGCCUCUACUUCUCCGACCGGCUCCAGGUGGUGCUCUUUGAAAAGAAAAUCUCCCACCAGAUCCUGCUGAAAGGGGCCGCCCGUGAGCACAUGAUGUUCGUGGAGGGCGGGGACCCCCUGGACGUGCCCGUGGAGUCUCUGACGGUGAUCCCCGUAUUUGACCCCAAGCACAGAGAGGCCAGCUCCCGGCCAGGCCCUCCCUCUCCAGAGGCCGAGGAGCUGAGGCCCAUCCUGGUGACCCUGGACUACAUCCAGUUCGACACAGACAUGCCAGCCCCACCUGCCACCCGAGAGCUGCAGGUGGGCUGUAUCCGGACCACCCAACCAUCUCCAAAGAAGACCGUUGAGUUCAGCCUGGACAGUGUCACAUCCCUGCAGCACAAGGGUUUCUCCAUUGAGCCCUCCCGGGGCUCCGUGGAGCGCGGCCAGACGAAGACCAUCAGUAUCUCCUGGGUGCCGCCUGCGGACUUUGAUCCAGACCACCCACUCAUGGUGUCGGCCCUGCUGCAGCUAAGGGGGGAUGUGAAGGAGACCUACAAGGUCAUCUUUGUAGCCCAGGUGGUGACCAGCCCCUAAGCCUCUGCACAGAGCACCCUCAGGCCCUCCUGCCCACCCUCAAAGCCCUCCCCAGGCUGAGGGCCAGGCCAUACUACCCUAGGGCCUGGGACCUGGCCAUCCUCUGCCAGGCAGAUUUCAAUAGGCCACCCUCCACAUGGUGCCACGGCCACUUCCUGCUGCCCUGGACCCAGCAAGCCCAGGUACAUCCAAGAGCGCCCACUCUUGAGAUCCCAGACUCAGAACCAGCGAGAAGGCCAGGCCAGCCCACAGCCGUCCUAGCCAGAGCCCCUCAGAGCCCCCAGGAGAGCCCCCCACAGCCUGUCAAUAAACUUUUUGUAGGCCAACACUUGCA